AUGUCGGCCUCAAAACAAUUAGGGAAGGGUAUCAAAGUCGCCAUCAUUGGAGGUGGCCCUGCCGGUCUGGCAGCUGCCAUUGAGUUUGGCAGAUUACCCUUUGUGGAGUGGCGUCUCUACGAGCAGAAACCAGCUAUCAGUGAAAUUGGAACUGGCAUUACCUUGCAGCGCAGCACCUGGAGCUUACUGGAAAAGCUCGGGGCGUCCAAACACCUUGGACCGAAUGACUUCUUCAGGUCUUCAAAUGGCCACGAUUACCAGUACAGGGACGGGAUAUCUGGCAUACUUGUGAAGCAGACCUAUCCGCCACCACAUGUUCCUCGUCAUCAGGCUCCCUGCCGAGUUCACAGAGGUAGAUUGCAGAGGGCAUUGUUGAAAGAAACAGAUCAACGCCGUAUUCGACCGGGUAUGAAAUUAGUUAGUGUCGAGCAGCUACCUUGUGGCAAGCUUCGCCUAGCAUUCGACGACGGCUUCACCGACAAUGUCGACCUCCUCGUUGGUGCCGAUGGUAUUCGAUCGGUCGUUAGAAAAUUUGCCUUUCCAGAUCAUUCCGUCCACUACACAGGCGCGACCGCUUAUAGAGCGGUAGUCAAAGUCGCUGACGUCGAGCGGAUAACCUGCCUGUCGAGGGCUUCAGCAUUCUGGUAUGGCACCGAAGACAAGUGGAUUUAUACAGCUCCAUUGGACGAUGAAGACUGGGAAGUCACCUGCAGAAUCAGAGAGGCCGACGACGGAGACCGAUCGACCUGGGGCAAAGAAGUCAGUGUCGCCAAGUUUAUCGAAAAACAUAAGGAAUAUUGCGAGCCAGUUCAGAAGCUGCUCUCACUCAUCACCCAGAUCAAUCGGUUUGACUACUUUGGCGGGACAAGAUUGCCCUCAGUCGUCAAUCACCAAUCCAUUGCUCUUAUUGGAGACGCGUCACAUCCGUUGUCUGGUGCUUUUGGUGCUGGCGCCGCAUUCGCUCUCGAAGACGCACACACGCUGGCACGAGCGCUCAAAUGGGCAGCUUCGUCAACUGGAGGUUUGAAAGAUGCCCUGAAUCUUUUUGACAGCGUGAGAUCACCCUACUAUCGUGCUCUUUACCAGACCCUGGACGACAUCGCUGCUUCGCACGGGAAGACAUUGCGUGAGGCUUCGUCGGUGGAAGAAGAGAUUGCCGGUCGAAUCGAGAAUGUCUCAAAUCAGGAGCGCAAGUGGAUGUAUUAUCAUGAUGUGGACCAAGCAUUUGAGGAUGCUGUAUCAGGUAUCGGAAAAGAAUAG